AUGUCUAUAUUCAAUGGCACCCACUACCCGCCACCCUUCUUCCUUCCUUCAGGAAUCCCAGGGUUGGAGGAAUCUCAUAUCUGGAUCUCCAUCCCAUUGAGCAUGAUGUACAUGUUUGCCAUCCUGGGGAACAGCAUCAUCACUCACAUGAUACAUAAGAAUCCCAGCCUUCAUGAGCCUCAAUAUGUAUUCUUAUCCAUGUUGGCAGCCACUGACACAGGCUUGCCAGCAUCUACACUGCCUACUGUACUUAAUGUCUUUCUUCUCAACCACCGAGAGAUUGAGUUCCAUGGUUGCCCGGCCCAGAUGUUCUUCAUCCACACCUUGUCUUCCUUGGAGUCAGCUAUCCUGCUGGUCGUGGCAUUUGACCUCUUUAUGGCCAUAUGCAACCCACUGUGCUACACUGUGGUCCUGACCCACUCCCGAAUUACUCAGAUGGGAUUAGCUGCUGUGGCUCGGGGAGUGGUGCUGAUGGCCCCCUUGCCCAUCCUGCUCAAAUGGCCUCCCUUCUGCAAGAACAUCAUCCUAUCCCACUCAUUCUGCUUCCACCCUGAUGUGAUGAAGCCAGCUUGUGGGUCCAUUCGUGUCAACAUCAUCUAUGGGCUGACCUUAGUUCUCUGUUCCUUUGGUGUUGACUCUGUCUUUAUUGCCCUGUCUUAUGCUUUGAUCUUGAAGACAGUUCUGGCCAUUGUUUCCGGGGAGGGACAGCUUAAGGCACUCAAUACAUGUGUCUCUCAUAUUUUCACUGUCCUCAUUUUCUAUGUCCCACUUAUUACCUUACCCCUGAUGCACAGAAUAGGCAGGUACCACUCCCCUCUCCCCCAUGUCACUAUGUCCAACAUUUUCCUUUUCCUCACACCUGUACUCAACCCUUUAGUUUAUAGUAUAAAAACAAAACAGAUUAGAAGUGCACUACGUAGAUUGGUUGUACUCAAGGUAGCCUGA